AUGGCUGCCGAGGAUUUUCACGGAGAGGAAGACGCUCCUCUGACACCCGAAAGGGUGAAGGAGUUCAAGAACCCCAAGUUUCAAAAAUUGGUGGAGGUGUAUAGUAACGGCUUGAAACCGCUUGUUCAAGAGAACAUCCGCUUGCGAGAAGAGCUUGGCCUAGAUCUGGAUACUCCGCUGGACUGGGAUUCGGAUGAAGAUUCCGGCGGGGAAGAGCAUUCCAUGCAGCAGGUUGGCUCGCAUGCAUCAGGCUUCGUGGAGCGCGCCAAAUCGGAGCCUGCAAGAGCACGUCGUCAGGCGCAGGAUGAACUCGAAAGCAAAAAAUCGUCGUCGUUCAACUCAGACCGGUACCAAGUACUGCCUCAGUUCUUAAGCACACCGCUGGAUAAGGCAACCGAGCGACAGUUCAAGGCCACCUUGGUUCAAGACCUGCGCCGCUUUUCCGAAGCGGUGGAGAUGCAACCUUUGGGCCAAGAUCGGCGGAUGAGCUGCUACGACCUCUUUGUCAACACCUUGAGCCAGCUCAGGCUUCCUAUGAGUCCAAACUCGGAAAUUGCGCUUGCCUGGGACAUCUUGGGUUUAUUGCUCAUUGCCUACGACGUUUUCGCUAUCCCCUUGCAAGCUUUUCCGCUAGACGAGGAUGUCUUCACCGAAAGUAUGGGUUGGAUAACGCUGUGCUUCUGGACCACUGACAUGGUUGUGAGCAAUAUCGUUGGCUAUUUUAGCGGACCUGAACUCGUGAUGCAGCAGUAUCGCAUUACGCUGAGAUACUUGCGAACUUGGUUUGUGCUGGAUGCAGUGGUGGUGAUACCUGAUUGGUUUACAAGGCUGGCGCAGGACAGCAGCUCGGGCUAUUUGGCAAGCCUUGGGCGAAUCCUUCGAUCUGCACGUGCCAUUCGUGUCAUUCGCCUGCUUCGCUUAUUGAAGCUCCAAAAGAUGAUGAACAAGUUGUAUGAUUUCAUUGAUUCCGAAUACCUGUUCAUUGUAAUGGAUAUACUCCGGCUGCUGCUGUUCAUUGUGGUUCUGAAUCACGUUAUCGCAUGUUUGUGGUACCUCCUGGGCUACAUAGGCUACGAAGCUCGCGAUUAUAACUGGCUUGAAUAUACUGGGUACACAAAGGUGAUCGAAGGUUCCAUUGCAUGGCAGUACACCACCGCUUUGCAUUGGAGUCUGACGCAGUUCACUCCAGCAGGCAUGGACGUAUUCGCACGGAAUGUCCCAGAACGCAUCAUGUCCGUCAUCGUUCUCGGCUUUGCGGUCAUCAUCUUCUCUUCAGUCCUUGCCAGUGUCAGCGCAUCUAUGACAGCUUUGAGGAAUCUGCAGGGAGACUCGAAGAAGCAGUUUUGGCUCCUCCGUAGAUAUCUACGGCGAAAGCAGGUCACAACACAAUCUCGAGUCCGGAUCAUCAAGUUCUUGGAGCACGUCGUCAUGCUCCAGGCAAAAACCGUGAAGUCCAGUGACGUUUCCCUUCUGGGGAAGCUGUCCCAGCCCCUCAAAGAGCUUCUGGAGUAUGAAGUCCACAAAGAGACUGUCAUGCUCCACCCCUUCUUCCACUACCUGGGUGAGUGCGUUCAUUCAUUGAUGGUCAAGCUGUGUGCGGCCACGCUAACACAGGUGCAGUUCGCACUUCAAGACUGCAUUUUUCGAGCAGGCGACCUGGGUGAGCACAUGUAUUUCAUUACCAGUGGAACCGCCAAGUAUGCAUACCAGGUCACAAAGAUGCAGCGAUGUGAGGAGCUGCACGAAGGGGAUUGGAUGGCUGAAGCUUCCUUGUGGACCCAGUGGAGUCAUCGUGGAUUGCUUGUGAUUUCUUCCCAGCCCACCGUUUUGUUGUUGUUGUCGUCGCAAGGCUUUGGCAACGUCAUGCGGAUGAGCCAAAGCUCUUACGUCCUUUGCAGGCGGUUCGUCUUUGCCUUUGUAGCUGAGCUAAACUCCAUGGAGAGCAAAGGUGAGGCCUCUGAUAUGCCUUGGGACCCCGACAUCAUCAACAAGAUGACGCUGGAGAGCUCUGAAUCAAGUGGGCUUGCCGCGAUCCGGUCGCUUGCCUGUUUCGUUGGACAGGUCUGCAUGGGAACACACGAACACUGUCCGUGCCUUCGUGCCAAACAUCUCCCUGUCGCCACGGUUGUCAUCUCUUUGUGGUUGGAGCACCCCAGCAGAACUUGCGUCAACCAGGUGCAGUGUGUGUAG